AUGAUGCUCGCCCUCGUCUCCCUGCUCGUCACUAAUGUUCUCGCCUUUGAUUUUGGCGAAUCGGCGGGCGACAUGGCACUGCUGCCCUCGGGCGACUUCAUCGACUUGAUUUCGCGAGAUGCCGAGAAUGUGCCGAGCCCUGCCGCAUUCGGCAGUAAAUUCAUCACCGGCGGAGCUGGUGAAGGAGAACAAAAACUCCGCGAAGAGGAGAAUUUCCAACAGAGACAAGAGGUGAAAUCCGACAAUGUUCUGCCAGCAUACUGCGAGCCACCAAAUCCAUGCCCAGUCGGAUACACCGCUGCCGAUGGAUGCUUAGAGGAGUUCGAAAAUAGGUAUGCAUCAGGAAAUUUCAUAUAUCUCAUGUCGGUUUUAAAUGUUAGAACCUGUGCUUAG